AUGAAGACUAUCGUCGUUCUCCUCUUUGUCGUCGCUGCUGCUGUCGCCCAUGAACCUUGCCGCUGUUUUCAGUUUGAAUCGCCAGUCUGUGGAUCUGAUGGUCGUACUUAUGGCCACGAGUGCUUCUUGAAGUGUGAACAGCGCACAAAUUCUGCUCUAACUUUCGCCUAUCGUGGAAAAUGCCUCGAACAUUGCUCCUGCACCAAGGAAUACAAUCCAGUUUGCGGUACCGACGCAGUCACUUACCACAACUUGUGCCUCUUCGGAUGCGCUCGUGAAAACGACGCCUACUUACAUAAGCUUUACGAUGGUCCUUGCAAGAUUGAUCAUACGCCAUAA